AUGGCGUGGCAACUAAACACGGCCUUAAUUGGAACGGUCCCCAUUCCCCACUGCCCCACCCACCCACGCCUCCUCCGGUCCUUACCCAUUCCCCUGCCCUCUUCCUCGGUAGAUCUGCUGCCGCCGCACCCAAGGGCCCGCGCCCCUCCAUGCCCGAGCUGCCAUAGGCCCCCGCCGUCCGUCGCCGCGACGACGGCACCGCAGCUCCUCGCCUCCAUCGCCGAGGCCAUCUGCGGAGAGGACCGCACCGCCGACCUCCAUGAGGACCUCCUCGCCUCGUCUUCGGCGUGCUCGACUUCGGCGACCGCAAGCACUGCUCCCUCGUCUGCAGCCACUGGCUCGUCGCCGAGGCCUCCUCCCGCGCUCUGGCUUGCGCUCGAAGCCCGGAGCUGCUGCACUGACGACGAAGCUUCCCCCUCUCCCCGCCUUCUUCCUCUGCGGUGGUGCAAGCUUGCGCGGGGAUGCGGCGGCGCAGCGCAGCCCCUCCUCCCGUCCUCCACGCCGCCGCAUCGUCCUCCUCCUCGAUUUGGCUCUGUCCCCGCGAGAUGGCUAUACCAAAUGAAAGAAAAGGGAAAGAUUCUGAGCUUAUGGCUGGAGACUGUAGUAUACGAAAAGUUCAAGGAAAACGCGAUUAUGGUGACAUGCUACAUAUCCCAAAUACCAUGAUGCACAAUAUGUGAUGAUCAUACGUAUCUUCUUUCUGUUUCAUGUGAUUCAGGGAAGCUUCAAGGAAGUUGUUUCUAAUUGGUGUUGAAUUGGCUUCUUAGAUAAGACGAUAGCAAACUUGGAGACAGAACUCUCUGCUGCAAGGACUCUACAAGAUUGUUUUUCUCAAUGGAUCUCCAAUGUCAAAAGAGUACAAGGCUUCAGAGUCUACCGGUAGGCGCAAGUACCUUAUGGUGAUAGGUAUCAAUACUGCUUGUUGCUUCUAAGCAACUGUUUUAUUACAAACAGGCAUUAAUCUGCUCUUAGAUAGGCAAUAAUUUGUUAUUAAUUAGGCAAAGUACUAUCUCAAAAAGGGGAUAACAAGGAGGGGGGAAGGAUGGCUGAAUUGGUUUGCUAUGAUUUCUAAAAUGUGCAAAAGGCAUUCAAUCCAUGGUUUAAUCUGCUCAAUUAGGUUUUAGAGGUGAUCAUUGUUAGGGAUAUUUUUUACGCUCAUUUUAUAAGAUGUGCUGAUAGUACAUGAACAUGGGGAAUCUGAACUGUGUUAUUGGUAUUAUUUUGAUAAUCUAGCAAAUAUAAGUGUUAGGGAAUUUUAUAACUGAACAUUUCAGUUUUGUAAGAUAAGCAGUUACAUUUUUUUGCAUAAAGCAUCCAGUUUGUCAGUGAUUGAAAUGAUCCAUCAAUGAUUUUCUGCAUCUAAUUAUCCAUUUCUUCUUAGUUUGGGUUAUUAGUUAGGCAAAGUACAAUUUUUCAGUUAGGCAAUAUAUUGUACAUAGGUAAAGUAUUGUUAUUAGUUAGGCAAAGUACUAUUAUUAGUUAGGCAAAGUACUGCUAUUAGUUAGCCAAAGUUUUAUUAUUGGUUAGGCAUUUUUUGUAAACCAGCUUGGUGGCUUGACUAAGCAAGUGCAAAACUACAUACCGGAUGUCUGCAACCCACAAACCUCUCUACUAGCAUUAUCAAACGCAUUUUAACAAAUUUUAGUAGGCAUUCAAAUGCUAUUUAGAUAGCAUUUUAAAUAUUCAGUUCAAGCAUUUUUCAUAAGUCUCAUGUGAUACUCUUUUUGUCUAGAACCAAGUCUUUUACAUCAUUUUUUGCUUUUCAUCACUGCCUUUUGAUUUUAAGUCUUUACUAAAAAUUACCAAGCAACAUUAUGAACUGGUUAUUUUUAGGCCUUUUCCUCCAAAAUAUUUUUUUGGUUGAUAUCAUUCUUUGCUUUUAUCACUGCCUUUCGAUCCUUUUUAGUAAUUCUAUAGCAUCAGCAUGAGAUCUUUCUUUUGUGUGUGUUAUGUUAGUGUUGUUCCAUUAUUUUCUCUCACUGAUAGAUCCUUGAUGUUCAUAUCAUAGUUGGAAAUUAGGCAAAAUGAUGUAAUUCAUUAUGCAAUAAUAUGGUACUAAAUUAGGCAAACAAAUACUUUAGUGGGCAAUAAUAUGGUUCUCAAUUAGCAAUAAUACACAUGUGUUUUUAUAUUAGCAAUUUUGUGCUUUUCAUCAGGCAACAAUGUGGUUAGAACCAGGCAAAAUAAUGCAAUGCAAUAGUCAUUUUUGAACUUUUUCAUCAGUAAAAAGGUGCUUAGAACUAUGCUAAAAUGCAAUCUAGUAGGUAUGUUUCUUCACUUUUUCAUCAGGCAAUACCAUAGUUACAUUGAAGCAAAACAAUUUAACUCAUUAGGCACUUUUACCAUUUUUUUGCACUAUUAGUUCUCUAAUCCAGCAAAUUAUUCAGCAGUGAGAGGGACGACCCAGAUCAGGUUAUAUGGUAGUAGAUAUUGGGCACUUCAACCCAUUAAGAAAGGGAAGGAAUGCCAUGUGCAGACUGUGUGGCAGUACAUAUUGACUGCAUCCCAAUGUCAUCUUCAUUUAGGUGGGUGAUUUUUGGGCUUUUUGAUUUAGUUGCUCUUCCUUUGUCCGGGGUUUAAUCUGAGGUGGGUGGGUGGUGUAUUCAUGCUGCAGUUAAUUUGGGUUUCACGAAUGGAGCUUCAGUUUUGUUCCCGAAUUUGGGUUUUAGGAAUGGAGCUUCAGUUUCGUUCCUGAAUGUGAAAUAGUUGUCUCCUGAUUUUAUAUCAUCAUAAGCAUUUCAAUACUUUGCAAUAGACAUUUUUGUCAAAUAGUAGAAGCAUUUUCAGUACUUUCAUAUAGAGAACUAUAUGACUUACAAGAAGAAUUUCAUUACUUUCUAGUAGGCAAAUACAUCAACUACGAGAAGCAUUUCAGUACUUUGCAGUAGGGAAAUACAUCAAUAUUAGAAGUAUUUUCAGAACUAGGCCAUAAUAUAGUUUAGCAUUUGUGUUCUAAUCUAUCAUUUUUUAUGUUCAGAUUACCUGCCAUCUUUUAUUUCUACUGAUUCAAUUCCUGCUCCAUUCUAGAUUCUAGAGGAGGCUUGAAGACUUGUUUUCUAUAGUUUACAUGACAGUCCAUUCAUGGUUCAAAAUGCAUUAUUUUCUGCAUGCAAGUUUUCUCAUCGAAUCGGCAAUGUAAUAUGCUUUUCAGCUUGGUGUUUGGUGGCAUAAAAGUUCAUGAGAUGACAAUCAGCAACAGUUUUAGUUGCAGCUCAACCCCAUUUUAAAUUCAUGAGCAGCUUGGUAGGAGUUUGUUGUAGCUCUAAUCUUUUGUUUCGUCAGUGUGAGCAAUUAGGUAAUCACAUGUAUGUUGGCAGUUUUCAAAUUUUGUUAAGGCUUAGAAUUUAGAUGGAUGAAAAUGCAUUUGUAUAUGUUCUAAUUUGCUUAUUGUUUUUCAAAGAUUUGCUUAUCAGAGAGUAAAUUUGAGAUCUGUAUAUUUAUUUUGCA